ACACUCCAUUUUGUUUUCUCACGAUACCGAUACCGACACGACGCUUGAGAAUAGUUUUUUGUACAAAAAAGUCGUAAUUUAUUAGUAUUAAACCGAGCGACUUUUCUUAUUCAAGUGUUUAAAGCUAAGUUCAUAUAAUGGGUCGUAAAAAGAAGAAGGCCUCCAAACCCUGGUGCUGGUACUGCAAUCGCGAGUUUGACGAUGAGAAAAUUCUCGUGCAGCAUCAGAAGGCGAAACACUUCAAGUGUCAUAUAUGCCACAAGAAGCUGUAUACCGGUCCGGGCCUCUCCAUACAUUGCAUGCAGGUGCAUAAGGAAACCGUGGAUAAGGUGCCAAACUCGCUGCCAAAUCGCUCCAACAUUGAAAUUGAGAUAUUUGGCAUGGACGGCAUUCCAGCGGAGGAUUUGCGUGAUCAUGAGCGUCAAAAGAAUGGCGGCAAAUCCGACUCGGAUGAUGAUGAACCGGCUGCCAAGAAGAAAGUUGAAUAUCCCAUGUCUGUGCCGCCGCCCAUGAUGAUGCCACCCAAUAUGAUGCCGCCACAUAUGUUGGGUCAGUAUGGCAUGGGCAUGAUGCAGCAUAUGCCGCCAUUGCCUCCAUACCCGAUGCCAAUGAUGCCGCACAUGAUGCCACCGCGACCCAUGUUCUCAGCAGCAAUGGCAACCACCUCAGCGGCAGCUGCCGCAGCAGCCGUGCAUCAUCAUCAGCAACAACAGCAGCAGCAACAUGCCGCUGCCAUGGCCCAGCAGAAACCCACGUUUCCGGCAUACAGUAACGCCACCAUAAGUGCUCCACCUACCACCAAUAGUGCUGGUGUAGGCGGUGGUGCGGCGUCAAACGCUGCGCCCGCGCUUGCACCCGAUCUACACAAUCAGGGACGCCCGCCAAAUGCGGCCAAUUCGAGCAGUAGUGGUGGCAGCGGCGGCAAUGGCAGCGUUGUAGCCGCAGUUAGCACAAAGAUAAUGCAUCCGGCGGAGGAUGCCAGCCUGGAGGAGUUGCGCGCACGACAGCCCAAGUAUCAGGCGCGUGUAGCUGCCGGAUUGGUUGCAGCCGCUUCAGCGCCCAAAAACAGCAGUCCAACCAUGAAUAACAACGGUAGUGGUGUUGCUGGUAUUGUUGGCAUUGGUGGCAUCGGUGGUGGAAGCGGAGGCAGCGCUGCCUCAUCAAUGCCUUCAACGCCGCCACCGCCUUCACUGUCCGGCAUAUCGCCAACGGGCAGCUCUGCCGCCGCAAACGCAAUCGCUGUCAGCACGGCCAUCUCCAAGGCACAGGAAACCGCCGCCCUGGUGGCCGUGGCACAGGCGCACGCGCACGCACAGGCUGCGCAGGUGGCACAGGUACAGGCCGCGCACGCGCACGCCCACCACAUGCAGGCCCAGGUGCAGGCGGCUCAGGUGGCUCAAGCCGUUGCUGUGCAGCAGCACCAGCAGGCUCAGGCUCAGGCGCAGCAGCAGCAGCAACAACAACAACAGCAGCAGCAGCAGCAGCAGCAACAACAACAUCAGCAACAGCAGGCACAGCAACAGCAUCAUCAACAGCAACAACAGCAACACCAGCAACAACAGCAACACCAGCAACAACAGCAACACCAGCAGCAGCAACAACAACAAGCGGCGGCCCAACAACAACAGCAACAGGUCAAACAACUGGAAGAUCUCAAUCGUGCUGUCAUGCUGCAACAACUGCAGGCGGUGCGUCAAUCCGGAAAUCCUGGCGCAGCUGCAGCGGCGGCUGCUGCCGCUGCCGCGGGGCUGGGCAUGAUGCAAUUGCCUGGUCAUAUGCAGCUAAUGCAGCCAAUGCUGCGACCCGGAACUGUAGCCAUUGGACCUCACGGCGCCCUGAUAGGUGGUAACAUGCUGCGUCCUGGUCCGAUGCCCGGCAUGCCAGCAGGUUUGCUGCCCAUGCAGGCGAUCGGAUAUCCUGGCUUGCCUGCUGGCGCGAUGCCUAUGCCGGGCAUGGGCGUCAUGCUGCCCGGACAUCCGAAUAUGUUGCAGAUGAUGCAGCCGCGAUAUAGAUGAUGCCUGCCCGCUGCUGCGCCCGGACUCUUGCAGGCGCCAACGCAGACGCAUCCACAGCAUGUGCGUUUUCAGCGGGCUGGAUUGCCGGCGCUGCAUCCGCAGGCUCAUGCGCAGGCAUCGCUGGUGGGUUUGCCGCUGCCGUUGCUGUUCCAUGAUUGAGAGGCGUGGCCGCUGCAGAUUAACAAAAACUACAACAACAACAUCUAGUGCAAAGAAAAAGCAAUCACAACAACUGCAAGCAAGUUUUCAUACUCAAGCUACGCAAUUCCAAAGCUCUUUUUUAAAUGUAUAACAGUUUUGAGACACACUCAAUACGUACACACACGUCACACAGUCACAGGUUGCACCCACACACACACACAUACACACAGAUACACUAACAGCAAUAUAUGCGUAGUAAUACUUUAUAUAUGUACGAAUAUCUCCUAGUUGAUGCACCCAAACAUUGCUUUUCGUAAUUGACCAAAUUCUUAACUUUUCUACCAUAUAUUUUUUUUAACAUCAAUUGGUUAACUGGUAUGUGCACUCUCUGCCUUCUUGCAUAACAACAUACUUCAUAUUUGUCAAAACACUAAUCAACACUGUAACAAUUAAACAACACUACGCUGUGUACGUGUGCGAAGUGAAUCGCAUUGCAUCGCAUCGCUUCUCAUCUGGCGCUCUCUUUGCUGGCACGCGGUUCCCUUUGCUGUACUCUUGCUGUAGUUCUUACUCUCUUUCGCUCAUAUAACUCUCUCUCUCUCUCUCUCUCUGUAUCUCUCUAGUUAUAUUUGUAACUGUAUUUGUACAAUACCAGCAAUUUACAUAAUACUUUAUUUACUAAUAUAAUACCAUAAAUAAUGUAUUUUUGUUUACAUUCUUUUCAUUAUUUUUUCUAUAUAAAUAUUUUUUUAGUUACAUUUAGAGCUCUGGGGCUCAAGCAUUCGUACGCCCCGUCUAAUUUAUAGCCUAAAACAAAAGAAAACACGUAUGUACACGUUGUUAUACUCGCUCACUCACUCUCUCUCUCCUUUUUGCCAUGUCUUUAUUCUCAGAUAGAAACGAAAGCGUACGCUCCCCCCCCGGGUAAGAAUCGGGCAAUUAUUUAAAUACAUUAUAUCAAUACAUAUAUUGUAAUAUUGUGUGCGAAUUUGUAUUGUCUGUGCGUAGCUUUUUUUUUAGUUAAUUGUCCAAUGUGCGAUGCUCCACAACUGUUAUACACACUGUUAUACAAUAUGAAUAUAUGUAACCCAUAACUGCAUUUAUGUGCCCCUUUUCCCCUCCGACCUGUGACACAAAAACCAAAAGAUAAAAAAAACUGUCGUCUUUCAUCCACUCGUUAAUCGUUACCCGUUAUCCGUUACUCGUUACUCGUACUCGUUAGCCGCUGACAAAACUACUCGUAAGUUAUGUACAAAUUUUUAUUCAACAAGAAAAAAAAAGUAUUUGUUUUUCGUUUUGAACACACGUUGUUUCGUUUUGGUCAGCAUCAAUGCGAUGCGCGCAGCCCACAAUCAGGUAUCUACAUCAUUUUCUUUUAUUAUUCAUUUAUACAUAAUAUCCUAAAUAAUUUGUCUUGGUUAUGGUAUCGUACUAAUCAAAAUCAAAAUCCAUUCAAAAAUCAAUAGUUAUUAAAAUAGUUCUUUCAACGUUUCCAGUUAAAUACCGCACAUUGUUAGUAAGUACAUUAUACAUUAUAGUUUACUAUUUGUUUCGAUCUAUAUAACUAGCAAUCCAUAGUUAGUUCCUUCGUUAAUGUAGUGCUCUUCCAUUGGUUCACAGACUCCAUAACUUUAGCUUCCUAGGCAACAAAAGUUUAACACAAUCAGGCUGAGGCUUUAUUAUAAUAGUGGCUAUUACUCAAGUCCAAAUAUAUAACUACGUAUAAUUAGAUAUUUAGCUGCUAAGUUGUUCACUCAAUUCAUUGUUUUUGUAUUGUAGCUUGAAAAUCGAAGGGUAUAGUACACUAUAUAUAUUUACAUAUAUAAAUUGAGUUCUGGCAUGUUUUCAGAAUCGGUCUGAACAGAAUACUCUUUCCCAGUGUUAGCCUAGGCUAGUCAAAUUUUAGCAAGCACCGCCCCCAACCGCCCCUAACUACCAAACUACCAUAUACACUAACUUGUAUUUGUAACUCAUACUAUCCUAUAUCGUAUACCUAUAUAUCUAUAUAUAUGUAACUGUAACUAUAUAGCAUAAGCGUAAGCAAUGACAAGUGAAAAAACUGCCACUUUUGAUGGUUUUGUACCGUUUGUUUGGCCAGUUUAGCGCAAAAUUGAUGUUGGACUCUCGGGUCUGGCAUUUUCGCCGCAUCGCUUUCCGAUGCCCCGCCCCUUCCCCUGAUCCAGUGGGGCUGGUGGUGUUAUGCGAUGUUAGAACGGCGUGCUUCAGACGAGUGUACCUCAAUGCGGGACAGACAGAAGUCGGUAAUUGAUUGGUGGCUACUUACACACACACACACACACACACACACAUGCACAUACUCAUAACUACUAGUUAAGUACUUGACAAGAACUAUCGUAUCUCUAAUUGUGAACGCAACUGUAAAUAUAUUUUUGAUGGCCGCGUUUUGUAACUGUUUUCUUAGUAAACAUUGUUAAUGGAUUUUUCAUAA